AUGCUCCCACCACCGUACUUCACUGCAGGUUUGGUGUUCUUGGGUUAUAAACAGGCAGGCGCCUGGUCGUUGGCGGUGGGUCACCAGCACUCGUCGCCGUCGUCUCCGCCCGUCCUGUGUAGCUCCGUUCCAGGUCUGGUGCCGAAGCAGCUCCGUUUCUGCAGGAACUUCGCCGAGGUGAUGCCCAGCGUGGCGCACGGCCUCAGCAUGGCCAUCCAGGAGUGCAAGCAUCAGUUCCGCGGGCGGCGCUGGAACUGCACCACCCUCAGCCACACCCUGGCCAUCUUCGGUCCGGUCCUGGAUAAAGCUACGAGGGAGGCGGCGUUCGUUCACGCGUUAGCGUCGGCGGGGAUAGCGUUCGCGGUGACGCGGGCGUGUGCUGAUGGUUCUGCUACGAUCUGCGGGUGUGAUAUGAGGCGCCGGGCCCCGGCGGGUGAGGGCUGGAAGUGGGGCGGCUGCAGUGAAGACGCCGAGUUUGGAAACAUGGUGUCACGAGAAUUCGCCGACGCUCGAGAGAACCGACCGGACGCUCGAUCGGCCAUGAACCGCCACAACAACGAGGCUGGACGAAUAUCGGUGAGUCAGCUCAUGUACCUGAGGUGUAAGUGUCACGGACUCUCGGGGAGCUGCGAACUGAAGACCUGCUGGUUCUCUCAGCCGGAUUUCCGCCUGAUUAGUGACCACAUGAAGGACAGGUACGACAGCGCCUCCGAGAUGGCGGUGGAGAAACACCGGGAGUCCCGCGGCUGGGUCGAGACCCUGCGCCCACGCUACGCCUUCUUCAAGCCCCCCACGGACACGGACCUGGUCUACUACGAGAGCUCGCCCAACUUCUGCGAGGCCAACCGGGAGACGGGUUCGUUCGGGACGCAGGGGCGCCAGUGUAACGUCACCUCACACGGCAUCGACGGCUGCGAGCUGCUCUGCUGCGGGCGUGGCCACUCCAGCAGGACGGAGUGGCGCAACGAGAAGUGUCACUGCAUCUUCCACUGGUGCUGCUACGUCAGCUGUCAGGAGUGCGCUCGCAUCUACAACGUCCAUACCUGCAAGUAA